AUGAACGCCAUGCCUUCAUGCCUGGCGGUGGCCACCAGCCUGCACUCCACUGGGGACUGUGCUGGUGCGGGUGUGCCGCCACAGCUGUCAUGCAGGCGGGCGCGGCUUCCACUUGUCGUCUCCUCGCCGAGUCAGGCGAUGGUGCAGGAGCGGUCAGGAGCACAGCGAACAGGGCAAUCUGUGAUAGCGCGAUGCAGUCUGCCCGCAGUGGCCGCUGCGUCUGCGGUGCUACUGCCAGUUGGUAUCCUGGCUUAUGCGCUAGCGCGAGUACGCCGCCGUCUUGCGCGCCAGGAGCGCCGAAACCAGGAGCUGCUCAUCGACUGCCAGCAGGCAGAGGCGCUUUCCGACGACCUUCAGCAGCGGCUUGAUAUGGUAGAGAGAGCGGGAGCGGCCGCGCUAGAUGUUUUGGCAAAGGUCGUGCCGCAGGCCCCCUUGCGAAAGCGCAAUGGCUUGAGCUUGAGCGAUGAGGAUGACGCCGCCCUCAGGAAGGCGCAGGAAGCGCUUGAGACGGUAUUGCGCAGCCCUCCGCAGGAAGCUCCUUCCCUGGCCCCCCCAGGGGACGGAACCGCCAUCAAGACGGGCUUGCGGACAUACAUCUACAGGUCCACGUCUGGGGUCGGGGCGGUGAAUGCCUUUCUGCAAGAAGUGUGGCCAGGGGCGACUGAGUUCAUACAGCACACUGUUGAGGAUGUCAUCCAGGAGGCCUUUUCAAGCCUCCCCCUUCCCCUGAACAAGCUGGGCUUCGAGAGGUUGGAGUUCGGCUCCAGGUCUCUGAAGCUCGAGGACGUGCAAGUGCGCGGCGGCAACAUGAAGGGGGACGCCGGACACGAUGUUGAGAUUGCUGCCCGGAUGAGGUGGAACACUGAUAUUUGGCGGCGCGGAGCGAAGGGCCUCGGCAGGUUCGGCCUCUCGCACCUGGACCUCGACGGCAGGCUCGUGGUGUACCUGAAGAGGCAGGUGCCAGAGCCUCCGUUCUUCGAGGGCUGCCGCGUCUUCCUCGUGGACCGCCCGGUGAUCAAGUUCGAGCUGCGCGGGCGCGUCCUGGCCAUGCCCGUGCCCGCCCUGCAGUACCUCCUGGAGCAGCUCGUGCGCCGCGAGAUCGCGCGCCAGCUGGUGCUUCCCAUGGCGGUGUUCCCCCUCGCCACGACCGAAAAAUGGGAAGGCGGCCUGUGGUACAACGUCUCGAGGAUCGUGCCGGACGGGCUGCUCUUCGUCAGGGUCCUGCGGGCGUCGGGGCUGCCGUCCUCCGACUGGCUGACGGAGUCGGACCCGUACGUGCGGCUGUCCCUGGGCGUGGCCGAGUGGCGCUCCGCCGUCUGCGGCGAGGGGGGCAGCUGCCCCGAGUGGGCGGACGAGGAGGGCCUGUUCCUGGUCCACGACGUUCCCGAGCAGACCCUUCAGGUCGAGGUCUUCGACGCCGACUUCGCCAAGCAGGACGACCUCCUGGCCACCGCCCUCCUGAGGGCCAGGGAGCUCGUCCAGGCCGGGCCCGGCGAGCAGAGCGUGCGCCUCGAGAGGGCGCCCCUGUUCAAAAGCACGACGAGCCCAUGCAUCUCUGCAUCGCCACGCGCUGGCUCCCCCUCCUCCCCCGCGGCCAGGGCCCGCGCGGGCGCGAGGGGGCCACCCCGCUCCUCUUCUCGGGCCGGACGACGCGGAGCUGGGCGAGGCCUCCCGCCCCGGCGAGGCCGUGCAGCUCGCGGUGCAGAUGGGGGGGCAGACGCUGGCGACGAAGGAGGUCCGGGCCGAUGCAGGCGGCGUGGUGCGGUGGCAGGAGGUGCUCGCGCUGCGCUUGCCGCCCGCGCCGGAGCAUCCGCCCCACAUCCUUGGCCGCGCGUCCGGGGGCGGCGGGAGGUCGGCCGAGCGGUCCUGCCGCCGCCCCGCGCGGGCGCCGAGGCGGCGGCGCCGGCCUCGCUGCAGCUUGCGGGGGCGCAGGUUGCCGAAAGAGGUGCGCUGGUUCGCGCAGGGGGAGCUGCCGUCGGGCUGACCGCCGGCGCACCCGCUCUCGGCGCGGAGAGGAGGGGGGCGGGCCUGGGCGCGCACGGCCUCGGGCGGUCUCCCGCCCCCUGUUUGGCGUCGCUCGGGCGUGCGCACUGUUCUCGGCGAGGCCCGCGCCCCACAGAGGGUCUGGACCAUCCUGCUGUCUUCGCCUGUGCCCGAGGCGAGUUCGACGCGAGCUCGACACGGACGCGACGCGGCUUCGGUCUCGAUCCGACGCGCUCGACACGAAUUCGGCGCGACUUCCACGCGGCUGCUGGCGUGACGGGGCAGAGGUAG